AUUCAUAUCUUUUUUGCUUUUUCCCCAAACAGGUCAUCUUAGAGACGAUGGACAUUAUCUUUAGAAUAAGAGGAGGCCUGGAUCUUGCCUUCCAACUGGCCACUACUGACGAAUCUUCAACAAAAGAAGCAAUAAAAUAUGUUUUCAGUGACCUUUCAACAAAAUUAGCUUCAGAUGUGCUGGUGUUCAGGAUCCGUCAUAGCUCAGUAUAUCUGUGGCCAAAUAGUGGGAAAUACUCAGUUGCCACUGAGCUUUCAGAUGACUCUGCUUGUAAGGAGAUACUGCAGUUCAUUCGGUUUCAGCAAGAAGAUGAGACUAAACGCAGGUUUUUUAAAAAGAAAGACAAAAAGUUACAUGAAUCACAGCCUAUAGUAAAUAUAGAUCUUAUGCUAGAAAUGACUACUUCAUCAGAAGCUCUGGCUCCAGUCAUUGAAAAAGAGAACAAGGGGCAUCACUACAUAAGCAUGACCUUGCCGGUUGAUGCUGUUGUCUCUGUGUCUCCCGAAGAAAUGUGGCGGAAUGCACGAAGUCUUCUGGUGAAUGCAAUUCACACACAGCUAACUGACAUGGAAAAGUGCAUUUUAAAAUAUAUGAAAGGAACAUCGGUUGUGGUUCCAGAACAAUUCCAUUUCAUGUUACCAGGAAAAAAGCAUCUUGUAACUAUUUCAUAUCCAACUGGCAUUUCUGAUAAUCAGCUAGAGACUUACAGACAGGUACAUCUUAUGUUAAAAGAUUGUUCGGAUGAUAUUGGCUGAAAUAUUAAUAAUUUA